AUGCCUCGCAUCCUUCGCUGGACCAUGAGCAGGCCGCAGAUCCUGUUCCUUUCAUGCAUUGGCUUCGCAGUCGCUCUAACUGCUAUGCUCUACGGAAACAUCAUCAAACCUUCGACUGUAACUUCUGUUUUCUCAAAGACCAUGUCCACGCGUCCCGUCGUCGUCGUCGGCUCCGGCCUCGCUGGUUUAUCAGCAUCGUACGAGGCUCUUCAGCGCGGGGCUCCAUCGGUUCAUCUUCUUGAUCGCGCGCCGAAGCCUGGCGGUAACAGCAUCAAGGCUUCAUCGGGUAUCAAUGGUGCGGGCACCAAGUACCAGCGCGCUGCUGGCUUGGAGAGCGACACACUUUUCUACAGCGACUCUGUCAGAUCGGCUGGGUCACGGUUCCAUCUCACACAACCUCCUGUCGAUCGCGAGGCUCUCAUCACAAAGCUCACCACCGAAUCAGCAGCCGCAGUCAACUGGCUUGUUGAUGAGAUCGGUGUAGAUCUCAGUGUCGUGGCACCUCUUGGCGGCCACAGCGUUGCUCGCACUCACCGUGGCGCUGGAAAGACACCGCCCGGAGCCGCCAUCAUCAUCGCUUUACUCAACAAACUCAAAGAGAAUGAGAAGUUCUCUAUUACUAACCUCGCUGAGGUCAAGGCACUACUUAAGGAGGGAAACGUUGUCAAGGGUGUCGAGUACGAAUUUGAAGGGAAGAAGCAUAACCUGGAGGGAUCCGUCUUGUUCGCCAGUGGUGGUUUCGCUGGAGAUGCCACAGGUCUUCUGGCGCGCUAUCGCCCUGACCUCAAGGGUAUUCCUUCGACGAACGAGGAGAGGCCGGGUUCUCACGAUAUUCUCACCGCUGUGGGAGCUGAGCUGUUAGAUAUGGACAGCGUACAAAUUCACCCAACAGGCUUCGUUGAUCCUGCGACGCCCAACUCCAUGCUCAAGUUUCUCGCAGCCGAGAUGCUCCGUGGCGAAGGCGGUAUUCUUCUUUCACCUGAGGGCUCUCGCUUUGUUAACGAGAUGGAUACUCGUGAGCAUGUCAGCAACGCUAUCAUGAAGCUACCAACUGCCACCGAUGGCGACGGUGUUAUCAAGCAAUGGGAUAUUACUAUUCUUCUUGACCCUGGUGCCUCUGCUGCAUCGGCUAACCACAUUGGCUUCUAUGAGUGGAAGGGCCUCCUCAAGAAGGUCAAGGUGCGCGAUCUCAAGCCUUCUCAGAUUGCCGCUGUGGAUAAAUAUGCCAAGGCUGUCGCUGAUCUCACAGACGAUGAGUUCGGCCGCAAGCAAAGGGGACGUUGGACACUCAAGGCUGGAGAGGGAAAUCGCGAUGAGGAUAUUUAUAUCGGCCGCGUAACGCCUAUCACACAUUUCACCAUGGGGGGAGUCGCCAUUGAUCAGAAGGCCCGUGUAUUGACGAAGAGUGAGGAUAAGCUUGUGCCUAUUCCUGGCCUUUUUGCUGCUGGUGAGAUUACAGGAGGUAUUCAUGGAGAUAAUCGCCUGGGAGGUUCCUCUUUAUUGGAGUGUGUGGUUUAUGGAAGGACAGCCGGUGCUGAAGUUGUUGGUUCGGCUCAAUAA